GAAAAACUUAUCCACCAGGAAUUAAAUAAUUUAAAAGCUACUGUUUCAGCUCCAACUACAAAUCUGAAAUUGAUGAAAGAAUGUAUGGUGAGGAUGAUCUAUUGUGAGAUGCUGGGCUAUGAGGCGUCUUUUGGAUACAUCCAUGCCAUUAAGCUGGCACAGCAAGGGAAUCUUUUUGAGAAAAGAGUUGGUUAUUUGGCAAUUUCUUUAUUUCUGCAUGAAAAUCAUGAGUUGCUGGUUCUACUGGUGAACACAGUGGUGAAGGAUUUGCAGAGUACGAAUCUCAUGGAGGUAUGCAUGGCCCUCACAGCAGCCAGCCAGCUUUUCCCCCAAGAAAUGAUUCCUGCUGUCCUUCCACUCAUAGAAGACAAACUCCAGCAUUCAAAGGAAAUUAUUCGGAGAAAAGCCGUCCAGGCACUCUACAAGUUCUACUUAAUUGCUCCUAACCAAGUCCAGCACAUUCACGACAAAUUCCGAAAGGCGCUUUGUGAUAGAGAUGUGGGUGUGAUGGCAGCUUCUUUGCACAUCUAUCUGCAGAUGGUGAAGGAAGAUUCCUCGGAAUAUAAGGAUUUGACAAGCAGCUUUGUCACAAUUCUGAAGCAGGUGGUCGGGGGAAAACUCCCCGUGGAUUAUAACUAUCACAACACUCCAGCCCCUUGGUUGCAAAUCCAGCUUUUAAGAAUAUUAAGGCUACUUGGAAAAGAUGACCCAAGCACCAGUGAAUUAAUGUAUGACGUUUUAGAUGAAACUUUAAGGAGAGCAGAAAUCAAUCACAACAUUACUUAUGCAAUCCUGUUCGAAUGUGUCCACACCAUUUACGCCAUUCACCCCAAACCUGAUCUGCUUGAGAAGGCUGCCAAAUGCAUUGGGAAGUUUGUCUUGUCCCCUAAAAUUAAUUUGAAAUAUUUGGGGUUAAAGGCUUUAACCUAUGUAAUCCAGCAGGAUUCGAACCUUGCUCUGCAACACCAAAUGACAAUAAUUGAGUGCCUGGAACAUCCCGAUCCCAUUAUUAAAAGAGAGACGUUGGAACUUCUGUAUCGAAUAACCAAUGAACAAAAUGUCACUGUCAUUGUACAGAAGAUGCUUGACUACAUAAAUCAAAGCAAAGAGGAAUAUGCCAUCAUCAACAUUGCUGGGAAAAUAGCAGAAUUAGCCGAAAAAUAUGCUCCAAACAAUGAAUGGUUCAUCCGGACUAUGAAUGCCGUGUUUUCGGUAGGGGGAGAUAAAAUGCAUCCUGACAUUCUGAACAGUUUCUUGCGACUUCUUGCUGAAGGCUUUGAAGAUGAGAAGGAAGACAUUCAGCUGCGGUUUCACGCUGUCCAAUCUUACCUGUUGUUAUUAGAGGACAAAAAUGCAGUUUAUCCGCAGAAGUUUCUUCAAGUGAUGAGUUGGGUCUUGGGGGAGUACAGUUACCUCCUGCAAAACGUGGACCCCGAAGUUGUUUUAGCGACCUUGUACCGGAUCCUUAAAAGCAACGCCACUUGUGAAACCAAGACUUGGAUCACGGCUGCAAUUUCUAAAAUAGCUUCUCGUACUAAUGGCUCGAAGACGGUUGAGAAUUUCCUCUUGGAAUUCAAUGCAUCUUUGGAUACCAGCAUGAGGCAGCAUGCGUUUGAAUUGAAAUACCUUUAUGAAAACAAGGAACUGAUGAAGAGAUUGUUUCCACUUGAUGCGAGCUGUAAGAACAUUGUGGUGGAUGCUUCCUUGUCUUUCUUAGACGGCUUUGUGGCCGAAGGAUUGGACCGGGGUGCCUUGCCAUACAAACCUCAUCAUCAAAGACAGGAAGAGAAACUGUCCCAGGAAAAAGCUUUGAAUUUUGAACCCUACGGAGAAUCCCUUUCUCGGAGCUUCCCUGUAUCAAGAAUUCCCGGCAGACAGUCUCCAACCGGAGUUUCUCUGAGCUCGGACAAUAGUGUUGAGACAGGACAGAAAGAGAACAACAGUCUGAAGCUUGAAGGCGUCAAGAAAUUGUGGAGCAAAGAGGGUUAUCUGCCCCAGAAGAAAAACCAAGAAGAGAAAGAAGAGAAAACCACGGAGGCUGUGCUUCAGGGUGGCCCAUCAGUGGAGAUGGUGGCUAGCAUUUUCCCAUUGCAGCCGAAGGAAGAAACGACGGAUCAGACAGAAGGGACGAAAGAAAAGCAGCAGCUGGCUUCAGUGCUCUUUGUUGGGCUGGGAUCACAAGGCAGCACUAAUCUGAUGGGCAAAGGAGAUCCCGCAGCUCAGAAGUUUAUACGGAAAUCGAAAAUGAACGAAGCCCUCCCUAAUGAGAGUUCAUCGCCUGAGGAAAGCAGCCCUCCCACUUCCCUAUUUCAGGAAGGGUUAACCGGAAAGAAGGACCUUUUUGUAAACAACGGACAUCUGAAGUUCAGGAAAGCAUCCCUACAUUCUUCUGAAAUGCCUGAAUCCAAGACGACGCUCGAUCGCUCCCAUUCGUUGCCGGAAGGCGGGCUGAAUGAAAAGUCCCUGGAUGCCCAGUUUUCACCAUCUUCUUUAUUCCCCCAUGAUCACAUGGACAUUUUCCAUCCUUCCCCAAGUUCUCCCGCUCUAGUUCAGAAGCAACUUCUGCCGACGCCUCGUCUCCCAGAAGAAGCAGCCCAACAUCCUCAUUCAGACAUCUCAGAACUCUGCAGCAACGAGUCCUUGCUUGUAUAUUUUUCUAAGGUCUGGAAAGAGGACAGUCUUCUCAUUUUUUUAUUUCUCGCCAAUAAAAGCCCUUCCAUUCUGAAAGACAUAACUCUGGAAUUCCAGCACUCUGAACAUUUUAAGAUGGUAGAAAGUCUUGGCUGCCAACUUGCUGUGAUAGAAAGUAAAAAUAUAGAAAGCUUCCAGAUGUAUGUAGAGAUGGAGAAGCCCUGCUCUUCAGGAAAAAUCUUUGGUCGCAUCAGUUAUCUGCUAGAAUUGGACGCCCACCUCAGAUUUUCUGUCUCUUUAGAACUGUUAGACUUCAUUAGACCAAUGAAGAUGAGCACGGAUGAAUAUGGAAAACUGUGGCUCUCCAUUUCAAAUGAAGUCAAACAAAAUCUGAAGGUGGCACCAUCUCAAGGAACUCUGUCCUUGAUGCUAGACACGUUUCAGCAAAAACUGAAGCUACAUACUGUUGAUAUCAUAGGAAAUGAGGGAAUAGCCGCUUGUCGACUGCUUCCAUCAAUCCCGUGUCUUCUUCACUGCCGGCUCCAUGCUGGGACAUUGGCCUUAUGGUUCAGAUCGCCUUGUUCUGCUCUACCAGAUUGUUUACUUUAUCAAUGUCAGAAGGUGAUGGAAGAAUCCUGAAAAACCACACGGACUCCCUUUUUUGGACUGGCAUGAAAGAGGAGUGAUUGUGCGUAGGGGUUUUUACCAAUCCCAAACUUCUGUUCUACACGGAGCGAAGGUGUAUCUCGGCAUCAGUGUGGCUUUCCUUCCAGUGGGAGGGGAAAACCGAUCAGGAUGUUCACCUGACGUUGACAAGGCAGUAAGGUACGGGUAGCUGAAUCGAGACAUGUUAUGCAAGGCGCAUAUUUUCUAUUAAUGUAUUGGUAUAACUCAUGGGAUUAUUCAUAGGAUCGGUUACUUGAAUAACUCAGUCUUUACACUCCCUAGUGCAGAGGACUGCUUAUUUUGCUGAAGCUCUUGAAGUGGUGUGAUGACCCAGGGUGUUGCACAAAGGCAACACAGACAGACAAUCAAUAAGAGUCCCUUUAUUAUCUCCAACUUUGCCCCCAAUGUCCAGGUUACCUUUUGGCUGGAGAAAAACUCCCAGGAACAGCCUUUGACUGCAGAAAAUUAAGUCCAGACAAGCCAAACUGAAGUAAUUAGUUUGGCAGGGCAGGAGCAAGAUUUUCAGACAUGAAGGCAUGGCAAAACUCACACGGUUGGGAAGACACCAGGAAUACAGAUAAGCCACAACAACACGAUAUAAAGUAAUGUUUGCUCCAAACAGCCUGCCUCAUGCAGCCUGGCUUUCUUAUAAACUGUCUUCCCAGCUGCGGCUAAUGAAGGGAAUCAGGGCCCUUUCCUCCCCCAUAAGCCACACAACCUACGUUGCUCUCUUCUCCGUUCCUCCCUGCAUGCCCUAGGAUGAAGAGGAAGUGGGCCUGGUUCUUCCUCUGAACUCCCUCUCCCUUGUUCUACCUCUCCCCUGCUCUGCCCAGACAGAUUUUGCCCUUCCCCAGCCUCCUCCACAGCCAACGGAGCCACACUCCCAUUCCCUGUCAGCUGUUCAUCUUCCUCCUCGGAUUCAGACUCUUGAUGGGGGCAUGACAGGUGGCUUCUUAAGCACUUAUAGAAACAACAAUAAACAUGCAGGGAUAAAAUCUUCAGUUUGUAAGUAUAUCCAUGAUUGCCUCAUCAUGCAUCAUGGCUGGGUCAUGGCACUGUGGAAAAGUUCUUGGCACAGGUCACCGUUGACUGUACCUCAACAAUCAGAGUCAUCAGAGUUGGGAGUUUGUCUUCAAUGUUUUUAUGGUAUGGAUAGAUAGUAGGAUGACCAGGUUUUUUUUUUGUAUGGGUAUGGGUGUGAUCAAGGAAGUACCUUUUUGCAAACACAGCUUGAGAUGGGUGGUGUGAUUCUAGGUAUGCAAUACAGAAUUUCUACAGUUUUUGCGUUAACUUCCAGAUCUUCUGACUUGGUGAGCUGUUUCCCCCCCAUUUUCCCGCUACCUUUGGCCAUGUGAAAACGUAUAAAUAUACUUACUUUCAUAAAAGAAAAGAUGACCUUGGGAGGACCCCAUAAUUGUUUUUUUAUAAAUAACUCAAGGGGGCGAACAUAUUUAAUACUCCUCCUGUUUUCUCCACAAAAACAACCAUGGUGAGGUAGGUUCGGCUGAGAGAGAGUGACUGAUCGGUAAUGUAAAAUUAUGAUUAAUUUAUAUGCCACCAUUUUGUGGCAUUUCUAUUAUAUUUUGCUAGCAGGGGAAUUCUGGGAGUUGAAGUCCAGUUGCAAAAGUUGAACACUUAGGUUUGGUUUUUUUUUCUUAUCUUAUGCUAUUAACUUCUUUCGCUUACCAUUUCUUAGUCCCAGUAAUGUAGCUUCUUCUGAAAAACAUACAAUUAUGGAUAUGGAUAUGUAGGUGUAGUUAAUGGCUAGAAGAAGACUCUGUUGCUAAGUAGAUUGCAAGGUGCCGUGAGAGAAAAUAGAGCCAUCCAUUAUGAACUCCACACAGUUUUAACUGUAGAACAUCCACUCUUUCAAAGUUCACCAAUUUUCUCACUUAAGAAAGUAGAAUGCAAUUAACUAACAAAGGGAUUGAAUUUUGGUAGGGGUUCCCCCUCCCUGAUUUUUCAGUGUUGUCACAAAGGAAUUCUUUAAAAUGCACUAAAUGUAUUUAAAAUGUAUUAAAUCAGGGGUCUCCAACCUGGGCGACUUUAAGAAUUCCCCAGCCAGCAUGGGUGAGGAAUUCUGGGAGUUGAAGUCCACAAGUCUUAAAAUGGCCAAAGUUGGAGUCCCCUGGGUUAAAUUAUAUACAGAGGCUGUUGUAUGAUCAUGUUUACUAUAUAUGCCUUUAUGGAUUAAAAAUAAGGAUUUAGGGGUUGGAAGAAUAAAUACAUUGGAAAUAUUGUUUCUACAUGAAUGUUAAUGGUAUAUGAUAGGAUUUAUCCUGUAACAGUUUAGGAAAGCUAUAAUUUCAAAUCUAUGCAGUUUUUAGCCACUGUCAUCAAAUCAGGUUUAAGCUUCUGGGCUUCCAGAUCUUGCUCAACUACAACUCCCAGAAUCCUCCACUAUAAUUUGCAGUUGUAGUAGAAGCAUAUUUGGAGGCUGAGAAGCUUCCUACCCAUUUCCCGAUACAAAGAUUUAUCCUGGAGAUCCUGUUGUCCAUUUUUUCCCCAAAUGUUAACUGUCCUACUCUGCCAAGUAUGUAGAUCUGAACCAAACAAAACUUGGUGAGACUUACCGGGUUUUCCUUAAUUGUACCCUCUCUACUUCCUUUCUAUUUUCAAACUGUUUGCAGAAGUGGUUUCUUACUGUUCUUAUUACCACCUAACUUAAAAUAAUUGCAAUAUAAUAAAUUAUCCUGCUG